CCCUGAGAUCAGUUCAGUAGUUGAAUCAGCUUCGCCUGCAUUUCUUCUUGUGCCUUUUUCUCUUCCUUCUCGUUUUCCUUUUCUUCAACCUAAACGACCACGACGACUGUGUCUUCCUCUCUGUCUCAACCAUGGUUCAUCUGCAGCUAGAUCCGUUUCUCAAUGAGCUCACAAGCAUGUUUGAGCGCAGCACCGAGAAGGGCUCCGUUUGGGUCACUCUUAAACGAUCUUCUUUGAAAUCUAAGCUGCAAAGGGAUAAACUGAGGACAGCUGGGGAAGCAAUUGAGUAUAGAUGCCUUAUACGUGCCACUGAUGGGAAAAAGACAAUAUCUACUUCGGUUGGACCGAAGGAUCACCAACGCUUUCAAGCUUCUUAUGCAACUAUAUUGAAGGCCCACAUGACUGCUCUAAAGAAGAGAGAAAGGAAAGACAAAAAGAAGCCUGCAGAAGCUGAUAAAAGAGAAGGGAGUUCGAAGAGAUCGAAGAAGUCUUAAAUAAUCUGCUGACCUUCUGUGCAAACUUCGUUUCCUGCUGACUCUGUUUUUGUUUUCCCCCAGAUAUUUUGUUGUUUUCGUUAUUAUAGUGAGAGGUGAAGGGGAAGGGGAAAAGAAGGGAAGGGAAAAGGAUAAAAGGAGGAGAGACAAAGAUUAGUGAAUAAUUCUUGCAUUUAAUCUUUACAUAGAUAUUCAUUUAGUGGCAAUUUUUGUGAAAAUUUUCUCAGUUCCCCAAGAGGUUAUAAAGUGAAUCUUUAGGAUAUUCUUCU